ACAACUUUUGCGUUUGCUUGUUUUUAAAUUCUUUAUUUUCUGCAGUUAUUCACCUCAUUUGCAGCGUUCGCUUGCUCGUCUCCCGUCAUGAUCAGAGCGGGUUAAGGUGAGGUGGACUUCUAUUCGAAAUAUUUGAAAAAUAUGUCUUUGCGAUGGUGUGUCUGUGAUCAACUUAACGUGUCCUGUUUGCUGUGUUCUCAUCAUGUUUUACCUUCUCUUCUUUUUUUUCACGUCGUCAUUCAGCUUUUCAAUGAAUGACCAUUUGGCCAAUUGAAUUGUUUAACCUUAAAUUCCUAAAAGACAGUCCUCAUGUAAUAAUAAUAAUUGGCAUACUUAGAAAAAGAACCCAAAGCCAUUAAGUGACACAGUUGGAGCACUGGCUGCCUGUUGGGGAACAUUACGUUUCUGUCAGGUGAAAUCCGACAAUGCAGCUCUCGGCUGAGCGCAUUAUUCGUCAGACCUUGGAUUUGCAGCGACAUAAUUGACCUUCUAGAAGAAGCUAUUAGUGUCUAUCAGUGCAGUGUGUGUAAUGCCAAUUACGCCCUACAGAUUCAGGCUAAUGAUGAUAAUUAUUCCCUGCAUAUCAGUUUUGCAGUUACAUAAAUACCCUCAUCAGUCAGGGUGAAUAAAGAUUUGAAUAUGAGCUUAAUAUGAUUUUCUUCCGCAGACUACCAGUCACCAGACUAAACAAUAAUGUGAUAAUAAUAAAACAGUUGGUUGAGUAAAUUACAUUUAAAAACAUCUUUGCAUCUUAUCAUUAACUUAAUAUCUUUGAGUUUUUUGAUUUAUGUUUGGUUAAAACAAGGAAAAUGAGGUUCCCAUGAGUUUUUGGGAAAAUAUGAAUAAGGUAACUAAUGGGAAGAGUAAUUAAAACAAUCAUCCUCUAGUUAUAUGUAUUUGUGGUUUAAUUUAAAUCCUUAAUUUAAGCUUGAUACGGGUCAAGAUUAAACACUUUUCGAGCUCUUAAAAGACAAUUAGGUCUCAAGAUCUCGAGCUUAUGGUAAGAAGAAACGAUACCUCAGAGACAUAACUCGAAUGCCCUCAUCUGGUGGCCCUUUUUGUGUCCUCUUUUCUCUUAUCUUCGUUUACGGCAGGCCUCAAAAAUCAGCGCCGGAGGCGUUGACCUCUCCACCGGGUUGUCCCCCGGUUUUCCUGUCCGAAAUGGAGCUCACAAUGCAGGGCUACUCUUCGAACGCCUCCACCUUUCUCCCCAACCGCAGCGAGCCGCUGAACUACACCGAUGACCAAUUCACCGAAGUCAACCUCUUCGAAAUCCUGGGUCCCAAGCGGUCUCCCUUCUUCCUCCCCGUCACCAGCGUCUACCUUCUCAUCUUCCUCACCGGCUUGUCUGGCAACGUGCUCACGUGCGCAGUGAUCGCAAAGCACAAGAAGAUGCGAAACCCCACCAACCUCUACCUGGUGAGCCUGGCCGUGUCCGACCUCCUCGUGCUGCUGUUCGGGAUGCCGUUGGAGGUCUACGACCUUUGGAGUAACUACCCGUUCCCCUUCGGCACGGGCGGCUGCUACUUCAAGACCUUCCUCUUCGAGACGGUCUGCUUUGCCUCCAUCCUCAACGUCACGGCCCUGAGCGUGGAGAGGUACAUCGCCGUGGUGUACCCGCUCAAAACGCGCUACCUGUCCACCAACCGGCACGCCAAGCGGGCCAUCACCGCCGUGUGGGCGGUCUCCAUGAUAUGCGCCGUCCCCAACACCUCCCUGCACGGCAUGUUCUACGUCCCGGAGAGGAUGGAGGAGUCGGCCACGUGCACCGUGCUGAAGCCGCUGUGGAUCUACAACGUGGUCAUGCAGAUCACCACCGUGUGCUUCUACUUUGUGCCCAUGAUGGUGAUUAGCGCGCUGUACCUGGUGAUGGGUCUUCACCUGUGCCGGGAAAGGCGGCUCCCCGCCGGCGUCUUGGGGAAGAACUGUGGCAGCGUCAUUCGGAGGAAGAACAGCGUGAACGGACGCAGGAGACAGAUAAACAAAAUGCUGUCGAUCGUGGUGGCGGUGUUCGGAGUCUGCUGGGCGCCCUUCCACAUCGAGAGGCUCCUCUGGAGCUCCAUCACCCAGUGGACCGACUCGAUGCACGCCGUUUAUCAGUACGUCCACAUCGUGUCCGGCGUCUUCUUCUACCUCAGCUCCGCGGUCAACCCCGUCAUCUACAGCCUGCUGUCCACGCGCUUCAGGGAGUGUUUCCGGGAACUCGUUUGCUCGCAGGCGGAGGACAACAGCUCCGUCAGAGACUCGCCGCCGCUCCCUAUGACUCUACUGGAGGCCACUGUCUCGAGGGGCGCAGCUCGGGCCGAAGGGAAGGACUCCAACACCGGCCUCCCUUUGCUGUCGCCUAACGUGGCGCUGAGCAAAGACAGCGCAAGCGCAGAGACUUCUGUGUUCUGACUCCGGAACCAGCAACCGUCAUUGGACAUUUUGGGAGUUAGAUGAGACAAUCUAGACAAUUUACAAUAUAUUUGGCAAAGGUAGCGGUUAGCUUGGUACAAAGGCUGGAAGCGGGAAAAGCUAGCGGCAAGGCUAACGCUAACUGAUCGACAGACCGCUGCGUAUUUCUUUAAUCUCUAAAAGAAUAAAAAAGUGAAAAGACAUUUCCAUAACUGUGUUACUUAUUAAAUAAUCUGUUACCUGCUAAAAUCACUUAAUACGUAUCCGCCUGUUCAGGGUUUAGGGUUAGUCGGGGUUUUAUGACACCAAAAAUAUAUCUGUACACUAUGAAUGCAUUAAAGAAAGAGAUAUGAUGUGGAAUCCAAAACGUCCUAAUCAGCGGAUUCCUAUCUCUGUUUCUAGCCCUUAUGCUAAGCUAACGGUCUGCUAGCUCCAGUAGUUUUGAUAUUCUUCUUUAAGCCUCUGCAAGAAAGUGAAGCCAUUUCUCAAAAGUUUUAAACGGUUCCUUUAAGCCUGCAUGUUAUUAAAGAGCUCGUAUGUGGACUUUUGAUGCGUUUGUUUGUUGCUUUGAAUAGUAUUGUUGGAACAGUGCCUGCAUAUUUCACCCGCUGUCUUAUUCUGUGAAUGCUCUGUGCCUAAGAAGGUGAAUCCGGAAGGAAAGUGGGACAAUCUCAUCUAAAUGAUGCACAUUGUACUGUGUCUUUUUGUGUAUAUGGAAAGUUGAUAUGUUGCUGGCCAGCGAGAAGGUCAACUGCUUCUUCUCUGUAAUUCAGUGGAACUUGUGAAAUUAGACUUGUAAUGCAAUCGUGCACAUCGUUUCAUUAAUUGGUCAGCCCUUGUUCAAUGUGAAAAAGUUCUAUUGUGCAAUGCCUUAUUUAAAAUAAAUAUAUAUUGAUAAUGUCAA